AUGGGAUCAGAAUCUGAUAUGACGACUUUCAAAAUGAUGAAUCAAGACUUUGUGAAAUUAGACAGAUUUGAUGGAACAAAUUUCACUCGUUGGAAAGAUAAGUUAAUGUUCUUGCUCACGGCGUUGAAAAUUUCAUACGUUUUGGAUCCAAAUUUGCCAAAACUUCCAGAACCUGAGCCUGAUGAAGAUGCUCAAAGAAAGGUAGAACGUAAGAAACGUGAAGAAGAUGAAGUGGUAUGCAGAGGACACAUUCUGAACACGCUUUCUGAUCGUCUCUACGACCUAUUUACUUCAAUCAAGUCACCAAGAGAAAUCUGGGAGGCUUUGGAAUUCAAGUAUAAAACUGAAAAACAAGGUACGGAUAAAUUCCUUAUCAUGAAGUUUUUUGAAUUUACAAUGGUAGAUAAUAUUUCUGUAAUGGACCAAGUCCAUGAAUUGCAAGUUCUAGUAAAUAAACUUCGGGACCUUAAGGUUGAAGUUUCAGAACCUCUGCAAGUUGGGGCCAUAAUUGCUAAACUCCCUCCAAAUUGGAAUGAUUAUAGAAAGAAACUUAUACACACAACAGAAGAUUUCACUAUAGAGCAAAUUCAAAAACAUUUACGAAUUGAAGAGGAAACUCGAAUUCGUGAUAAGAACCUAUUUUUCCCAAGUAGCUCUAAAGGACAUCUCAAGCGAGAAUGCAGAUACAAGAAGAAGCAAAAGAAGGAUGAUACAAAAGUUCCCAAUAGUGCAAAUUUAACUGAAAAGGAGACUUCUGAAAUCAUAGCCAUGAUUUCUGAAAUGCACAUUAGCAUGAUUACAGAGUUACACAUGGCAGCAUCAACCAAAUCUUCUGAUUGGUGGUAUGAUUCAGGCGCUACUAUUCAUGUUUGCAACAACAAAUCUCAAUUCAAAAAUUAUGAAGAAGCUGUUGAUGGACAAGAAGUGCUAAUGGGAAAUUCCAACACUGCAAAAGUUAUGGGAAAAGGAACUGUUGAACUUCAGUUUACAUCUGGAAAGAAACUUAUUCUUGUAAAUGUUCUUCAUGUUCCAGAAAUUAGGAAAAAUCUUGUAUCUGCAAAUCUUUUUUGUAAGAAAGGUGUCAAGGCUGUAAUAGAGUCUGAUAACCUGAUUCUAUCCAAACAAUGA